GGGGGGUGAGGAAAAGGAGUGCUAGCCCCGCCCUCAGUCCCUACCCUUUGGAGGACAGCACUUUUCACACAGCGCGUUUGCCGCCGCCGCGGCCGCCACCUGAACUUUCUUCAUAUUCUGAGUCUCCCUGCCACGAGGAGUCCAGGGAAGAAAAGCGGAGCCGAGGCGCCAGUUAUCUACACCUCCCACGCCACUUUCAGCCCAAGCUCGCCCCAGCAGGGAUGGGAGACAAGAUCUGGCUGCCCUUCCCUGUGCUCCUCCUGGCCACUCUGACCCCAGAGCUGCUGCCGGGGGCGGCCGGCUUCACUCCCUCUUUGGACAGCGACUUCACCUUCACCCUUCCGGCCGGGCAGAAAGAGUGUUUCUACCAGCCCAUGCCCCURAAGGCCUCGCUGGAGAUCGAGUAUCAAGUUUUAGAUGGAGCUGGAUUAGAUAUUGAUUUCUACCUUGCCUCUCCAGAAGGCAAAACCUUAGUUUUUGAACAAAGAAAAUCAGAUGGAGUUCACACGGUUGAGACUGAAGUUGGUGACUACAUGUUCUGCUUUGACAAUACAUUCAGCACUAUUUCUGAGAAAGUAAUUUUCUUUGAAUUAAUCCUKGAUAAUAUGGGAGAACAGGCACAAGAACAAGAAGACUGGAAGAAAUAUAUUACUGGCACAGAUAUGUUGGAGAUGAAACUAGAAGAUAUUCUGGAAUCCAUCAACAGCAUCAAGUCCAGACUAAGCAAAAGUGGUCAUAUACAAACUCUGCUUAGAGCAUUUGAAGCUCGUGAUCGAAACAUA